UAAAUCAAGCUCUCCGACAAAAAGCUUUCACCAAUCAGCGACUUGUUAACAUAAUGCGACAUGAAAUCUAACCAAUGAAAUGUAGCGUAUCUUCAAUAAUUACAUGACGUUUCCACAUGAAAUCCACGUUGACGCCGACAAUACAAAAUAGACAUAUUUUUAAGCAAAUAAUGUAGUAACUAAGUGUGUUUGUCGGAAAAAAAUCAAGUUAUAUGUUUCUGGUUUCCAUAAAGACCAAUAGACAAUGUUGUCAGACGCCCCAUUUCUCAGCCCUUGGUCCCCAGAUGUGCUGCUGACAAGAGAUAACACAUGGCCUGUAGCAGAUGAUUCAGAUGAAGAAAGUCUAGACUUGUGGAAUGUUGGUUCUAGAUUAAGCGAUGAAGCUGUGAACGUUGCAUGUUCAGAGUGUAGUAGUGAAGAUAUGCAGGGUGAAGAUGAUGUAUUCCCGGUUGACGUACAGUUCUCUCACUGCUUGAAUUCUCUAGAAUCUGACCUGAAUGAUUUAAUUGAUUCCACUGCAAUGGUUAAUGUGGGUUGGACAGACUGGGACAUCAGCAUGACCUGUAGCAGCAACAACAUUAACAACAGUAGCAGCACCUGCUCAAGUCCCACAAGUAUUAACAGCAGCAGCAGUGGUGGUGGUGGUACUCUCUCCGAUUGGUCCCCAUCCUAUAUGCCUGUCCCGGAGGCGUCCCAGGCCUUCACAUGUACCACUCUGGCCACCAGUUGUAAAACAAAGUCUAAAUCAUCAAGGCAUCCAGUAUGCCAGAAAUGGAAAAACAUGUCAGAUAAUGAAAGAUUUAAACUAAUUGAUGAACUUUCAUUAACUAUCAGUCAUCAACUGGAAUUUAGAGAGCAAAUGGAAAUCAUCAAAAUUAUAGACCCAGCUGCAAACUUGAAUAAACAUCGCACAGAAUUUGUUAUUGACCUGUAUGCUAUAGACGAAGGCAAAUUGAGGAGAAUUCAGGACCUCGUUAAUCUGCACUGUGACCCGUCAGACCACCUUGGAGCUACCAACACUCACAAUUCCAACACUCCCUGCAAGGGCUCCAAGAGAAGUAAAAGUCAAGACAGACGACCGAAGGUUGCAAGACAGAGGACACAAAAGGAGUACCGACAGAAGUUGAAAGAGAGGAGAAGUGGACUCUUUGUUCAGGAAGAGCGUCUAGCAGUGUCUACAGCAAUCAUGGAGGAAGAGAUAGACGUGUUAGGAUGACACGAGUUUAAAUUCUUUUUGAGCUUAUAUCUGCCACCUCCAAGAUAUUUUUGUUCAGUUUUUGACCAAUCGCCAAAUUUACACUUGUGUUUCUUUUAUAAUGUGUCCAAUGUACAAUUAAUACAUGAAUUAUUUUUUUUAUACAUUAAGUUUAUGUAAACAUUAUAUUUGUAAAAAUAGGAUGAUAUGGCAUAUUGCUAAUCAUGCCAUUGCCCACAAGACUUUAUGAAGUCCUGUCUUUUUGAUAGUUAAUUUAUGAUGUUGGACAUUUUGCACUUGCAAAAUCAAUUAAAUUUAAUAAAGAACAAAAUCGUGUACAUACUGAAACAUAAAAGCACAAAACUUAAAGAUUUGUGCACAACAAUGAAUUUUGAACAGUCUGCAAAAUGCAUUUAUGGUUUUGAUCUCAUAUCAUGUUUCCUGUUAAAUAUAUAUUUAUUUAAAACUGUUGAACUAUAGCUGCAAGAAAUAUACAGUUUUCAGAAGUAAUUAUAUUCUAAAGGUGUUGGUUGAUUCAUGAUUACUUGAGGCAAUAUUGAAAUAAUCCAUUUUGGAUGUUACUGGAUGGUUUGGAAUGCAACACAAUAUUAUGUUAUUAUACCCCCCACAAACGAAGUUUUAGGGGGGUAUACAUGUAUAGAAGUGAGCUUGUAUGUCAGUCUUGUCGGUCGGUCGGUCCGUAUUAAGUGUCCACUCUCUAAUUCAAGUUGUUUUCAUUCUAUCUUCACAAAACUUGGUAAGAUGUUGUACUCAGAUGAUGUCUAGGUCAAGUUCGAAUAUUGGUUGUGCCAGGUCCAAAACUAGGUCAUGGGUUAACUUAGUGCGUUUUAAGCAUUUAGCAUGGUGUCCGCUCUCUAAAUUAAGUAGUUUUCAUCCCAGCUUCACCAAACUUGGUCAGAAGUUGCAUCUAGAUGAUGUCUAGGCCAAGAUCAAACAUGGGUCAUGGUGGGUAAAAACUAGGUCACAGGGUCACUUAGUGCGAUUUAAACAUUGAGCAUGGUGUCUGCUCUCUAAUUCAAGUAGUUUUCAUCCAAUCUUCACCAAACUUGGUCAGAAGUUGUAUCUGGAUAAUGUCUAGGUCAAGUUUGAAUAUGGGUCAUGCUGGUCCCAAAACUAGGUCACGGGGUCACUUAGUGCUUUUUUAGCUCAUCUAUUUUUAAAAAAAUAAUUAUGAGCUAUUGUCAUCACCUUGGCGUCGGCGUCCGGUUAAGUUUUGCGUUUAGGUCCAUUUUUCUCAUAAAUUUUUCUCAUUUUUGGUUGUACCAAAACCUUAACAUUGGCCAUAACUUUUUAAAUAUUGAAGAUAGCACCUUGAUAUUUCGCGUGCAUGUGUAUCUCUUGGAGCUGCACAUUUUGAGUGUUAAAUUUUCAAGGUGAACAUCAUCCUUCAAGGUCUAGGGUCGAAAAAUCUAAGUCAAGGGAAGUAAUAAGCUUUAAAUGGACAUAGUUAUCUGACCUGCCUAUGUUUAUAUUUUUGUUAAAUAAAUCAAAGCGGCGCACUAGGUGGGAUUGUGUUUCUGAAAAAUACAUUGUGUAAAAGGUCAAGGUCAUCCUUUACGGUCUACGGUAAAAAAUACAGAUUUAAGGGAAGUAAUAAGCUUUAAAAAGGGAGAAAAUUAUUCAAUAUUGAACAUAGCCACUUUAUAUAUUUGGCAUGCAUGUGUAUCUCAUGAAGCUGCACAUUUUGAGUGGUGGCAGUUCAAGGUUAAGGUCAUCCUUCAAGGUAAAAAAAUAUAUAAAAAUUUCAAAGCAGCGUUCUCAUGAAGCUGCACAUUUGAGUGGUGGAAGUUCAAGGUCAAGGUCUCCUUUAAGGUCAAAGGUCAAUUUUUUUAAUUUCAAAGCGGCGUUCUCAUGAAGCUGCACAUUUUGAGUGGUGGAAGGUCAAGGUCAUUGGUCAAGGUCAUCCUUCAAGGUCAAAGGUAAAAAAAUAAUAUUUUUAAGCGGCAUUAUCAUGAAGCUGCACAUUUUGAUAGGUGGUAGUUCAAGGUCAAGGUCAUCCUUCAAGGUCAAAGGUAAAAAAAAUAAUCAAAGCGGCGUUAUCAUGAAGCUGCACAUUUUGAGUGGUGGAAGUUUAAGGUCAAGGUCAUCCUUCAAUGUCAAAAAAAUAAAUAAAUAAUUCAAAGCGGUGUUCUCAUGAAGCUGCACAUUUUGAGUGGUGGAAGUUCAGGGUCAUCCUUCACGGUCAAGGUUAUCCUUCAAGGUCAAAGGUCAAAAAAAAAUCAAAGCGGCUUUCUUAUGAAGCUGCUCAUUUUGAGUGGUGGAAGGUCAAGGUCAUUCUUCAAGGUCAAGGUCAUCCUUCAAGGUAAAAAAAUAAAUUUCAAAACGGUGUAAUCAUGAAGCUGCACAUUUUGAGUGGUGGAAGGUCAAGGUCAUCCGUCAAGGUCAUCCUUUUUUUUUUUUAUUCAAAGCGGCGUUCUCAUAAAGCUGCACAUUUUGAGUGGUGGAUUUUAUUUUUUUUUUGCAUUUUUGGAAGAUUAUGUAAUAAAUGACCACACGCCCACACUAUACACCCCUCUCCACUCCACCCCUCCCUCCUUUGUGAUUAAAAUUAAGAUAGGUCCCUUCACCUUUAAAAAGAAAAAUAGAUGAGCGGUCUGCACCCGCAAAGCGGUGCUCUUGUUAACAUUUAGCAUGGUGUCUGCUCUGUAAUUCAAGUAGUUUUCAUCCCAUCUUCAGCAAACUUGGUCAAAAGUUUUAUCUAGAUGAUCUUAAGGCCAAGUUCGAACAUGGGCCAUGCCAGAUAAAAAACUAGGUCAUGGGGUCACUAAGUGCGUUUAACACAUUCAGCAUGGGGCCAUGUCUGCUCUCUAAUUCAAAUAGUUUUCAUCUGAUCAUCACCACACUUGGUCAGAAGUUGUAUCUAGAUGAUGUGUAGGUCAAGAUUGAACAUGGGCCAUGCCAGGUCAAAAACAAGGUGAGUGGUCACUUAGGUCGUUUAAAACAUUGAGCAUGGUGUCCGCUGUUUUUUGUGAAGACAACAUGCAAAAUAUUCUGUGUCAAUGCAGCAUUUGGGGGUAUUCGUCUGUGACAAAGCUCUAGUUUUUCAUGGAUCUUUUUGUUUUUGGUAUUAAAAUUAUUUAUGGCUGUUACUUGACAAGGGAUGAAGCUUCUGACAAUCAAAUGAAUUUAUAUGUAAGUACCUUUGUUCAUCAAAGGGUUGCUCUUCUUAGGUUAUUAUAACUAUUUGCCAUUAAAAAUUGCUGUUAGUAUUGUGUUAAAGAUUACUGGUUUUUAUAAAAUCGUUGAUAUGUAAAGUCAAUUUAUUACAAAAUAAUUUUUGUUUAAUAAGAAACCUGCUUUUUUAGUUGCAGUAAUAACAUUUGCACUGUCUUUACAGUUUCCCUGGAUAUUUUGCAGUAUUACAGAUACAAGUUCACAAAUGUUCCUAGUUUUGUUCCAAAUGUGAUAUAUAGUUAAUCCUUAAAAUACUUUAAUUAGUUAUGUUUAAAAGAUUGCAUGUGAUUAGCAAGCAAUAUUUGUUAUUAAGCAAUGAACCUGUCAAUCCGUAUGUACAUCCUGAAGACUGUGUUGUCAUCUGUUUUAUCACCUGGGUGGAUCUCCCUCAAAAUUUGACAAUUAAAUGUGUAGUUAAGCAUCCUGAGAGGAAUUUUGGCUGUGACAAGUUUUGUUAGAAUAAUACACCUUUUUCUGUUUUUUUUUUAUGUCCCCCACCACUACAGAAUAAUGUCAAUAUCUCCAAGAUCAAGGUCACACUUUGAGGUCAAAGGUCAAAAAUGCCCAUAAAUGAUCUUGUCCGGGCCAUAACUAUGUCAUUCAUUGUGAGAUUUUAAAAUUACUUGGUACAUUUGUUCACAAUCAUUGGACGGUACAUUUGUUCACAAUCAUUGGACAGUGUGUCAUGCAAAAGAAUUACGUCAAUAUCCCUAAGGUCAAGGUCGCAACGACUAAAAAUAGAUUGAAUUUGACACAAAGGGGGUAACUAGGAACAAUCAGUAACAGUGCACAUUUUGAAUUGUCUCUCUUGAUCAGACUUAUUUUUUAGCUUGACUAUUAUAUAUGAAAUAUAUAUAGUGGAGCUAUCCUACUCACCACGGCGUCUGCGUUAGCG